AUGCUCAGGCAGAGUUGGCAGUGUGGCUUAAAAGUUCAAGUUGUCAAAACUUUACCACUUCGAAAUUUUUCUACUUCCAACAUUAAUUAUGGUACAAAAGCUAUUAAAUUCUUAAAAGCGCAGAAGAAACGCCAAAAAAAUGAGGCAAAACAAGCUUCUAGCAAAACAAAUAUGCUAGAAACUGUCGAUCCAGUUCUAGGACGGAAGGAUGUUCCUUUUAUAACACGAAUUAUGGCAGAAUUGAAAGAGCCUGGCAAACUAUCAAUGGGCUAUAAUAUUGAAGAGGUUGAGAAAUUAAUUGCGGCUGUAGAUCCAGCAGAAUCACUUCAUUUAUCAUCUUUAAGUGAUGAAUUGAAGUCAAAAGAUAAAGAAAAUGAGACAGCAUUAAAGAGAGAAGCGAUAUUGAGAAUUUUGAAUCUAAAGAAUUCAAAUAGCUCAAAUGCUAUGAAGCUAGCAUUGAAAUAUGCCAGAGAAGAAUUUCAAAGGUUCCCUGGAGAUACUGGUUCAAGUGAAGUUCAGGCAGCAUGUAUGACUAUUCGAAUUUUUUUUAUGGUAAAGCAUAUUAAAGCAAACCACAAAGAUUUUGCCAACAUUAGAAGAUUAAGAAUUUUAGUACAACAAAGGCAAAGUAUACUAAGAUAUUUAAGAAGAGAUAACGCAGAACGAUAUUAUUGGGCAAUCCAAAAGUUGGGUUUGACUGAUUCUGCAAUUUUACACGAGUUUAAUUUGGAUAGACAGUAUAUGCAAGAUUUUAAAUUAUUCGGUGAUAAAAUAUUGGUAAAGUCGUCUAAAAAUAAAUCAUCCCAACAACAUAAGGAAUAA